UAAACAUUCCAGUUUCGCAACACAGUAGACCGCGUAGAAGUGUUUCUAACAGCAAUCACCUAGACAACAGCCUUGGGGGGAUUGAAGUUGGGAUGUCACAACCGCAUAUGGCUGCUGACUGGCAUGCUGAUUAUUCUGAUAAUUUAGUUUUGCAUGACAUUAGCGUAAAAUCUAGUACUAGUGCUGACGGUGAUGGUAUUAAUGAUAAUGGUGUUAGUUCAUCCUUCAUCACCACCACCGCCACCUACGACGACGCCACCGGCGACGACUUGGGUGGUGACGGAACAACUUCAUUAUUCCACGCCUACUCUACCUCUGCACAGGGUGUUGGUCCUAUUGUUUCCAAUGUUUUGUUUAUCUCUACUACCACAACUGCUUCACCUACAUAUUCAUCUUCCGCUCUAUUGCACUCACAAUCACUACCUAUGUCUUCUACUUCCGGUAUGCUCGAAUUAAACGAGCAACCAGCAUACCACAAUGACGACAACCCCGAUAAUAAUGACGUUGAUGAUGAGGACGAAUACGAACAAAACUUUCAAUCAACGAUGAGCACCAGCUCAUCCGAUUAUGAUUCUCAGUCGGAUGAGCACGAUGAUGCUGAUGAUGGAAUUUUUACCGCUAACGAUAAUGACACAACAUAUGUUACAACUACUAGCAAAGAUCCUGAUUUAAUCACAAAUAAUUCAUUUGAUGUGGAGUUAAGUACGGUUGACUCGGAUGCGUUUUCUACUGAUAAUAUCCUGCCAGACGACGAUACGAAGCUUAGGUUCGUCGAGGAGGAGAGACUGCCAAAUGAUGAUCCAUUGGCACACUAUGAACAUCUCGUCGGUGCCGCGAUGGACGAUGUUGUUGAUGUUGAGCUCAUUAGUCUUGAGGAUGGUCCAAUUAGUGGCGAGGAGAUGCGAAAAACAAGAAAUAAAUUGUACUAUAAGAACGUUCAGGAAAAACAGAGCCAUGAUAGGGAGCAUGUGGAAAUUCAUACAUUGCCAUCACCUGUGGAAAAGAAAAGUCAAAUAGUUUCUGUUCCCGUAACACCUCAGGCUCCGAUUUAUCUGGUUCACGAAGCUGCCGGAACGAGUGAAGGACAAACAGAAGGACCAACUUUACCACGUCUGUUGGUCAACAUAUCCAUAGCGACCGACAAUGGGACGGGGACAGUCCAGCAUUCGGUUUAUGUCCUGCAGGUAUCGAUACCGACUCCAUCCGAGUAUAUUCCUAAAGCGAAACAAUCGGAAUUCGAACAAGAGUCUGACGAUUCGAACCGGUCUUGUCCUCUUGAACCACCACCGGCUCCACCCUGUCCAAUAAAAUGUCCCAAUUCUUCACUUUUCGAAAAAUACCAGAUAAUGAAUGUAAUCGAUGAAAGCGAGUCCGUUGAGGAAGCUGAAGAUAACUUAGAAGAGCAGGAUUUGGGCACGAAUGAGUUCAAUACCACGAUCUUGCCCACCGAGAAAAAAUCAACGGGAACGACUGACGUCACUGAAGAGGUCACAGAUAGUACGAUUCCACCAAUGUGGGAAUGCCCUAAGAUUAUUCCCGCACCGAUUCUAAUCCUAGAAGGUGAGCUAAUGUAAGUUUAAAAUCAUCUCCAACGACGUGUAAAUAGCGGCAAACAUAUGAAAGAGACAGCAGCGACGCUGAAUCAAACAUCCGAAGGGAUCAUCCGACGAGCUAACAUUAAAUCGACAUUCCAUACCUUGCUAACACGUUCAUACAUUCUUGACUCUUUACUAUCCGGGAAAACUCAUCCUCUGCGUGAAGAAAAAUGCUUUGCAUGCUUCACUCGCCUCACUUUUGUUUUAACUUUCGUUUUAACUUUCGUGUAAGCGUAGAGAUUAAUUAAUAUUCACGAAGCGUUCAUCUACUUGUAAGACAUUAAAGCAAGCCACCAGUAUUCCUGUUGUGUACUAACUUUUCUGUUCUUUUUUUCUUUUCUUCUUCUUUCCACUCCUGCUAACCAAAAACCAAAACUGCUGUACCUGUGGUACCCAACCAAACAAAAAAAAACGGGGCCUACCGUUCUGCAUCUUUGUGUGUGUGUGUGUGUGUGUGUGUGUGUGUGUGUGUGUGUGUGUGUGUGUGUGUGUGUGUGUUUUGCGUUCCCUGUGUCCUAUCCCUCGCGCCAAACCAAA